AUGUAUGUGCUGAUCGACUCUCCGCACCCUCUCGUUCUGUUCUCAUCUUCUGCAACAAUAAAUCCCAUGCGCCAAAUUCCUGCAAUAGUUGAUGGAAAAUUGAAGCUGUUUGAAAGUCAUGCGAUUCUUAUCUACUUAGCUUGUGCGUUUCCAGGAGUAGCUAGUCACUGGUAUCCUGUUGAUCCAGCCGAAAGAGCUAAGGUCCACUCCAUUUUAGAUUGGCAUCAUUCAUAUCUUCGACAUGGUGCAGGUGGACUUGUAUUCUACAGUAUCUUGACACCACUACAUGGCAUGCGUUCACACCCUCAGAUAAUCACUCAAGCUGAGGAGAUUCUGUUGAGAUCUUUGUCUAAAAUAGAAAAUGUUUGGUUAAAAGAUGGAAGCUUUUUGGGUGGAAGCUCUCAACCAUCAAUUGCGGAUCUCAGUUUAGCAUGUGAAGUCAUGCAACUUCAGCUUUUGAGUGAGAAGGAUUGCCAUAGGAUAUUAAGCCCUUACAAGAAAGUGAAAAAGUGGAUAGAAGACAUAAGAAGUGCAACUGCACCUUAUUUUGAUGAAGUUCAUGAGCAUCUCUUUGAGUCCCAAAAAGGAUUUCGGGAGAAAAUGGUGACACAUUCUGGAAAAAACAAUGUGAGGUCAAAGAUGUGAGAUGACACAUAAAAAGGAUAAUAUAAUGUAACACUUUUUCUAUACGACUUUUUGAAAAUUAUACGUUGUAAAAGACCUUGCUUCCUUAGUUUAUGUAAUUUCUUGAACAAAUUAUGCAAAUGGU